GGGGUGUUGCUUGAUGAUGAUGAUCAGAUUUUUGGGUUGGGGACAGAGUUGAAUGUGAAUUGGUGUUUGCUUGGAUGCUAGCUAGCUCAUUUGGAUUCUACAGCAAGAAAGUUCGAUUUUUUACUCCAGCAUCUUGAGUUGUUGAGCAUUUUAUUGGACUUGUUGCUGAAUUUAUACAUCUGGUUAGCUACUGUGUUGAGAAAAUUUUCGGUUUUCUGGGGCCGGAAUGGAACAAUUCCGGCAUAUUGGAGAGGUUGUGGGAAGUAUGAAGGCUCUGUUGAUGGUACAAGAUGAGACUCUGAUCAAUCAAUGUCAGUGCUCAUUGUUGCAUGAUGUAUUCAGUAUGGCCUUUGACACAAUUGGAGAGGAGAUCAGGCUGAACCUAAAUCUCGAAGAGAAAAAGACCAAAUGGAAAGCUCUUGAGAAGCCGUUGAGGGAGCUUCACACAGUUUUCAAAGAAGCGGAGCUCUACAUUAGGCACUGCAUGGAUGCAAGUAACUGGUGGAGCAAAACAAUCCUCCUCCAUCAGAACAAGGACUCUGUUGAAUUUCAUAUUCAUAACUUGUUCUGCUACUACGCGGCUGUGAUUGAGGCAAUUGAGAACGCUGGAGAGAUUGCUGGACUCGAUCAGGAUGUGAUGCACAAGAAGAGGAUUUUGCUCACAAGGAAGUAUGAUAGGGAGUGGAAUGACCCCAAGCUUUUCCAAUGGAGAUUUGGGAAGCAGUAUUUGGUCCCAAAGGCCAUCUGCAAAAGGUUGGAGAGUGCCUGGAGGGAAGAUAGAUGGCGGCUCAUUGAAACGCUCAAGGAGAACAAAAUUUCAGGAUCCCUUGGUUCGACAAGGAAUGAGCAGCAGCUUGGAGACUUGCUGCUGAAGAAGCUACAUGGGUCAGAUUUCAGUGGGAAGCUGUUUCCAAGCACAAUCUUAUUAGCAUCCAAGGACUACCAAAUUAGGCGGCGGUUAGGAGGGGGAAGCCAAUACAAGGAAAUCCAGUGGUUGGGGAAAAGCUUUGCCUUGAGACACUUCUUCGGGGAUCUUGAACCAUUGAACUCGGAGAUUUCAACUCUCCUCUCACUUUCCCACCCCCAUGUACUGCAGUACCUUUGUGGGUUUUAUGAUGAGGAGAAGAAGGAGUGCUUUCUUGUUAUGGAGUUGAUGAGCAAGGAUCUGCGCUGCUACAUGAAGGAGAACCGUGGUGCAAGAAGGCAGGUUUUGUUUUCGAUCCCAGUGGUGGUUGAUAUCAUGCUUCAGAUUGCAAGAGGCAUGGAAUAUCUCCACUCUAGGAAGAUCUACCAUGGAGAGUUGAACCCUUGUAACGUCUUUCUCAAGGCAAGGAGCUGCACAGAAGGUUAUUUUCAAGUAAAAGUAUCAGGUUUUGGUUUAUCAUCCGUACACAAACCUACUUCACGAUACUCACAGCAGCAAAAUGAGAUCAACCCUUUGAUUUGGUGUGCCCCAGAAGUCCUGGCUGAGCAAGAACAACCAGGAAAUAACCGUCGUACCAAAUACACAGAGAAAGCAGACGUAUACAGCUUUGCGAUGCUUUGCUUUGAGCUCUUGACUGGGAAGGUUCCUUUUGAAGAUUCACAUCUCCAAGGGGACAAGAUGAGUCGCACUAUAAGAGCAGGAGGGAGGCCUCUCUUCCCUUUCCCUUCACCAAAGUACCUUGUCAACUUAACCAAGAGAUGCUGGCACACUGACCCAUCUCAGCGCCUGACUUUCUCAUCCAUUUGUCGAAUUCUACGCUACAUAAAGAACUUUCUUACCUUGAACCCCGACGACGAUCAGCCUAUACUGCAAUCCCCUCCUAUGGAUUAUUGUGAGAUAGAGACAUGGUUCCUGAAGAAUAGUUCAGCGGCAGGGUAUGCUGAUUUAUCCUCAAUAUCACAACUUCCAUUUCAAAUGUUUUCUUAUAGACUUGGGGAGAAGGAGAAGACUAGCCCCGGCCUUAUCAGGAUUAAGAGUCUGGAUUCUGUAAGUGAUACAACUUCGAUGAGCAGGCAAGAAGCCCCAAAUUGCAGAAAUGACAGUAUGUCUGUCAUCGAAGAUCCAUUUGUACCAUUAAGUGAUACGAGGUCUGCUUGCUCUGAUUUGAGGUCUGUUUUUGAUUUGAGGUCAGUAUGUUCCGAGGCUCCAACCAAGAAAACUCUCACUGCAAAGAAACGCCCCGGAGUGAGCACUAGAAAAGGCUUAGGGACAUCAAGAUCACCAGCAACACCAAGAUUUUCGACACCAAGACUUUCGUCACCAAGGCUUCCUCCACCAAAACUUCCAUUACCAAAAAUUCCACCACCAAAAGUUUCGACGCCAUUAAAACCAUGUCGUCGCAGCAGCACGAAGAUGAACAAUGGGAGCAGUCCACUACCGAGUCCUAUGAGUACAAAGAGUACUGCGAGCGGCAGACACAGACCGUGUGGUCAUGUCUCGGACUCAGAGAUACAUUAGCCUUUUGCUCACAACACCAAAAGAGUUGCUGGCAUUGAAUAGAAUAGCACACAGUAAAAGGUUCCACAAAUUAUUCAACCAAGUAUGGAUCAGUUUUUGUUACCCUUAAACAAAAAUACUAGUUUGAUUUUAAGACAUAGAAACAGUGAAUUUUCAUUGUCUGCUUCUUGUGCAACUUUCAAGUUCUUAUAUAUAGGUCCAUAGGUUUGAAGAUAAUAGUAUAGAGUUUUGCUUAUUUUUUUCUUUUCAUAUAAUGUUCUCGCAUGGCCUGUACAUACUUUCAUGACCCCUGUACUUCUAUUUGAUUUUUUUUCCUUCUCUUUUUAAAGAAAACAAAA